AUGGUGUCGACACCGAACUCUGCGGCGCUCAAUGAGGUGCUGCGUCAAAUGCACGAAGAGAAGUCUCGCCACCAGGUUGAGAUGGAGAAAUUGAAAGUUGAAGUCAAGUCUCAGCAGGGCCUGAUGGGGGAGAUCGCACAAGUCUUGCUCGGCGGUGUGCUAGAGCAGGCCGUAGCCCGUUGCCGUGAGGACUUGGACAAGCAAAAGGAACAAACGGAAUUGCAGGCGUCAGCUCUUCGUGAAUGUCUGAUCGAGAUGCAAGAUCACAAGGCACAAGUGCAAGCACAGAGCAUGGAGAUAAAGAUGUUGUCUCAGCAGAUGGAAGACAUGCGUGAAGAUAUCAACUUCGAGACGAGAGGAUGCGUCGACGUAUCAUGUGGCAAAGUGAUGCAAGCCUGCCGUACUUUGAUUGCUGAGGAGGUGGAAACCCUGCGGAGAGAACUGCUGAGCCUCGGAGAAGAGAUGAAGCGGAAGAUUGAGGUGAACAGUUCUUCCCAGGGGAAAGAAUUGAGCACCUUGCGAGAAUUCAACGAGGUCUCCGAGAGAAAAUUGGAGGAAUUCAGCCAGAAACUCCAGCAGAUGCCAAAUCCCGCAGAUGCUUUGCAAGCACAGCAAGAUGCGGUUACUCUGGCUGAGAGCCACGCACAAAAGGCAAUGGAAGCAAAGGCGGCUUCAGAAGUCUCGGCUCAAACCACUGAAAACCACAUGAUGACAACUACCAAUGCUUUGACCGCCGUUCAAGAAAAUGUUACUCUGGCUGAGAGCCACGCACAAAAGGCAAUGGAAGCAAAGGCGGCUUCAGAAGUCUCGGCUCAAACCACUGAAAACCACAUGAUGACAACUACCAAUGCUUUGACCGCCGUUCAAGAAAAUGUGGCUUCAGCUGAGAGUCACGCCCAGAAGGCUCUCGCAGCGAAGGAAAGUUCAGAAUGCGCAGCGGAAUCCACUCAGAGCCAUGUUGCUGCUGCCACCAAUGCAUUGACAGCGGUACAAAACAAUGCCGACACGGUCCGCGAAAAGACAGUAGAGGUGGAGCAGCAUGUGGCUUUUGUCAAAGACAUUGUAAAGCAGAUGGCGGAUCAGGCUACUGCAUUGCAAGAGACUUCCUCUGCAGUGGCCUCCGCGAGUGACGCAGCAGCCAGUACAUUGGCCACUGAG